AUGGACUUGAGCUGCUGCCAGUGCGCGUUCGAGGACACGGCCUUCCUGGCGGGGACUUGUGGCGCGGGCUUCGCGCUCUUCAUGUCGAUGGUGGAGUACGUGCUGCGCACGCGCUGCGACUUGGCCGACCCGUGCGGGCGCGCGGGCCGCGACGCGCCGCUGCUGCUGCCGCGGCUGGGAGAGCCGCCCGCCGUCGACUUCAUCGUCGUCGGCGCCGGCGUCGCGGGGCCCGCGCUCGCCGCCCGCCUCUCGGAGAGGCAGAACUGGACCGUCCUGCUGCUGGAGGCGGGGCCCGAGGAGCCCACCGCCACGCAGAUACCGGCAUUCGCAGUCGCAGCGGAGAACACGGUGCUUGACUGGAACUACACGACCGACGUGCAGGAGCAGGCCUGCCUCGGUACAGGCGGCGUCUGCAGCUGGCCGCGGGGCAAGAUGGUCUCUGGAACUGGCAGCAUGCAAGGCAUGAUGUACACCCGGGCACACCGCAGCAUCUACGACGGGUGGGAAGCAGCUGGCAAUGAAGGCUGGGGCUACGAUGACGUGCUGCCGUACUUUAUUAAAGCGGAGAACAACCUGGAGGCCGACCAAUUGGAGGAAGGGUACCACGGCACAGACGGACCACUCGUGGUGCAGCGCUUCGCCAGCCAUCCGCUGCUCUCUGAGACCAUCGUGGAGGCGGGAAUAGAGCUCGGCUACCGCACGGGAGACCUCUGUGGCAGCAACCAGACGGGCGUCGGCAUAGCACAGAUGAUGGUGAAAGACAAUCUCCGAGGAAGUACACCCAGACUGUAUCUCAGGCCCGCUGCUGCCAAUAAUCCCAAACUUUACACUGGUAUAAACGCGCAUGUGACCAGAGUUCUUAUCGACCCUGAAACUUUGACAGCGACUGGCGUAGAAUUUCUGGAUAGUGAGAACAACCUAUAUACAGUAAUGGCCAAUAAGGAAGUCAUCCUAAGCGCAGGAGCCAUCGGAUCUCCACAGAUACUCAUGCUUUCUGGUGUCGGGCCACAGGCGGACCUCGAGGACUUGGGCAUCACAGUGCUGAAGAACUUGUCUGUCGGCCAGAAUCUGCACAAUCACGUAUCUGGUUUCGUGGCCUUUUUCAUAAAUGAUACAUCCUACCAAACACUGACCACAGAGGUGCUGCAAUACUUCAUUAGCAACCGCACUGGUCCGAUGACAGGUACAGGUCUGACACAGACGACAGGCUUCAUGCUUUCAAAGUACGCCACCGACGGCGUGCCCGACUUGCAGAUCUUCUUUGACGGCUUCAACGCAGCUUGCUCCCGAUCGGGUCUGCCAGAAGAAUGCUCCAGCGGUGACGUGGGCGUCGACUGCGGUCGCCGUUACAUCGAUGCGCGACCUACUAACAUCAUGCCACGCAGUAAAGGUUAUAUGAAACUACGCAGCACCGACCCUCUCGACUACCCGAUUUUCCGACCCAACUACCUCUCUGAGCAGAUCGAUGUGGACAUACUGGUCGAGGGCAUCAAGUUGGUGAUCAACAUGACACGGACGGAGGCGAUGCAACGCUGGGGCUUCGAGCUGGACACGACGGUGACGGCCGGCUGCGAGGACUACGAGUUCGCGUCAGACGAGUACUGGGCGUGCGUGGUGCGCUACAGCACCGGCGCCGAGAACCACCAGGGAGGCACCUGCAAGAUGGGGCCCGCCACCGACGACUCCGCCGUCGUAGACCCGCGCUUCCGGGUGCACGGCGUGGCUGGGCUGCGCGUCGUCGACGCUUCCGUCUUCCCGUACAUACCCAACUCCAACCCCAUCUCGUCCAUCGUCAUGUUGGCCGAGAGGGCGGCAGAUUUCAUCAAGGACGACUGGCCCGAAGAAACGGAAGUCGUCGACAAUUCGUCGGCGCUUGGUGUCAUUAACAAUGGUCAAUUUAAAGGCUCGCUCUUGUUCGCUGCCCUUGUCUUCAUUCUGGUGGCUGUACGACUUUAGAGACAAGGACUGCCUCAACUAAAAAGUUCAGUGUCAAGUAAUGGUUUAUAUACUCCAUGGUCAUCAAAACGACAUCACGACUUCAGGUGCUAUAAAUGAACUUAUAGAUACGUGUUCCACAACAUGUUACAAUAGGAGCAUAGUGAUAAGAGUAAGUUAUCAGAUAAGGUGGCCUGCUUCGUCAACAUAAUGGUCGCAGACAACGUGCUCAAAUUCACCUCAAACUUCAGAAAGCUAAGAAAGGCAUCCGGAAAAUCAUUUACAGACCCAUCUCCUCUAUUUGCAGCCAGUGUAUUUUCCAUGUAUUCUUUCCUCUAUCAACAAGUACCUCGACAUGUAUAAAAGUUUAGGUUAGAAGUCGAGCACGAGUCAGCGCAGAGUACGAACGUUUGUCAAAGACAUACUUUUUAUGCAUCCUGUUCUCAUGCAGACAUAUCUCAAACGUGAUCUGAAUCUUCAACGACUCGGUUCGAAGGACCAGCGUAAUCUCAUUUUUUUCUUUUCACAUAAGAGACUAGUGCAUAAACUUUAGCUGCAGGAAAACACUGCUUUGUAUGUGACUGUUGUAGAAAGUGAUACAUCUGAAUAUGUUAAGUAAGUUUAAUCACGCUUUUAUUCAUUUAUAAAAAUUCAACAGCGAUCGUCAAUAAAACAAAGCAAAAAGUGCAUAAUCUACAAGGAUCUACAUUUGUUCUGUAAAAAUUUAUGUUGAGAAAUUACAAUAACAUUUGUAUUUCUAUGUAUAUUGUCAUA